AUGCCUCAGAAGGACCUCACACCCAUGAGUGCUAAACCAAGCGCACUUGGGCAAGACAGUGACGAUGAUUCGACAGUGGUUCCUUCGGAACCUCAAGGAUUGGUGUAUGACCGGAACAAUGGAUCAUUAAUCGAUGACGAUGCUGGCACCAUGAACAAUGAUGUUAGCUAUUUAUUAUCACACCAUUCAAAUCAUUGUCGCACGGCCUCAAAUGAUAAGAUGCUCUCUAUGCAUUUAAGCCAGUGGAAUUAUAACAACAAUAGAGUUGGAUUGAGCAGAAGCAUCUUAAGCUCAGAAGAGUUGAUUCAUGAAUUACUUGAGGAAAAUGAGGUUAGACCCAUUAAUGUUCCCCAAGAUCACAACCUACACAUAUUGGGGUUGAAUUUGAAACUAGAUGGAAAUCUAAAUAGAAAUCUGCAACUGGAUCAAUCGGCAGAAGCAAAAUUAUUUCAUCAUCAAGGAACAGCCGCAAUCGCACAUCUACGUUCUCUACAAAAAAGAGUUGACGAUACCUCUUCGAAAAUUUUCAUCACUGGUGACCUUAAUGCAGGAAAGUCGACCUUUUGCAAUUCUCUACUGAAGCGCAGACUACUUCCCGUUGACCAGCUUCCUUGCACAAAUGUGUUUUGCGAGAUAUUAGAAGCUAGAGAAAAUAACGAUAUCGAAGAGGUCCAUGCCAUUACUAUAGAAGUUGCAGCCACUGUGAAAGAGGCAACCCAAGUUUACGACAUCUCGAAUAGAUCCACUUACGAGACUUUUUCAAUAAAACAACUUUCUGAUUUGGUUUACGAGAACAAGAAGUAUUCCCUUUUGAAGGUAUAUAUCAAAGAUGACAAACGUUCCGCUGAAUCCAGUCUUCUCAGGAAUGGUACAAUUGAUAUCUCUUUAAUCGAUUCCCCAGGGCUGAACAUGGACUCCAUUAAAACCACUGAAGUAAUGUCUCGCCAGGAGGAAAUAGACUUGGUGAUCUUUGUCGUGAAUUCUGAAAAUCAGCUCACUUUGUCAGGAAAAGAAUUCAUUUCAGUAGCUUCCAGGGAGAAGAAAUUGAUCUUCUUUGUUGUCAAUAAAUUCGAUCAGAUUCGCGACAAGGAACGAUGCAAAAAGUUAAUCUUAGAUCAAAUCAAAUCUAUGUCUCCUGAAACCUAUAAGCAAUCCAGGGAAUUUGUUCAUUUCGUAUCCAGUGGUAAGAAGCCCGGUUUUCCAGACGAUUAUGAUUCCGACGAGGGCGAUGAUGAUGAUAAUAACGAAAAUCCCGACUUCGCGAAUUUAGAGAGCAACUUGAGGAACUUUAUUUUGAAAAAGAGAUCUCUUUCAAAACUUUUACCUGCCAAAACUUACUUGGCGAAAUUGUUAAGUGAUAUCGAAGCUAUUGCAGGAUGGAAUUUGAAUAAAUUUAAUGAAGAGAGGACUAAUUUGAACGAUCAGCUGGAUAGCAUGAGACCUGAAAUUCAAGCUGCGAAGGACCAGUGUAUGAAACUCACUGAAACGGUAGAUAAAUUAAUGGAGGAUGUUGCCACUGAGGUGUACCAAUUCACAAAGAAAAGGAUCAAUAGCUCAUUGAAUUUAUCAAUCAGUGAUUUUCCCCAAUAUGAAGGUCUUUCUAACAUUCAUGAUUACAUUUUCCGUACGAGACAAUUCAUAAUGGAUCAAAUCAAACAGAGCGUUGAAACAAGUGAGUUUUUCGCCAAGUCUGCAACUGAAAAGGCAGUUGAAAACAUCAACGAGAUAGGUAAGGCACAAUUAGGUGAAAAAUUCAUGUCUAACAGAGUUUUCCUCAGUGAACUGAUGUUCACAAAAAAGAAACAUUCUGCUCUCAAAGCUCUCUCGGUACCUUUUGAUGUCGCUGAUCUGUUUUCUCCGUCAUGGGAGGGAUUCACUUCUUAUUUAAGUUGGGGAUUUUUUGCUUCUCCGCAACUUGAGAAUUCUGCAGGCAGUAGUAUAUGGUCCACUUCGCUCGGAAUCAAGAGUCAAUCAGUGACCAAGUAUUGGUCUUCCCCUUCUCUGUUAUUUACUUCAAGAAUCCCAACCUUGGCAGUCUAUUCUUGGGGUGGCGCCAAGUUUCUCACCAAUAUUGCCAUCUACGGCACUAAAUUCUUUUCAUGGCAAUCGCUCAGAAGAAUGUCGACAUCAAUUAUUCUCAUCGGCUCAAUCUUGGGAAUAGCGUAUCUCAUUCAUGACUUACCUCGAGCGCUACCAUCGAACCUUUCUCACAAAUACCAAAUAAAACUACAAGAGACAGACUACACAGAUGCAAAUGCAAACAGGAUAUCGAAGGAGGUCCGCGAAGUUUUAAAAUUUCCUUCUAGAGAAAUUCUGAAGUACUCCGAAUCUGUCCUAAACGAAAAGCAAACUAUCAGAAAAGAAACAGAGAAAAAGCUUCAAAAUAACAUUUUAUCACUGAAGUUCUUUAACAAGUUGCUGGAUCGUGCAAGAUCUCAAAGUGACUUAGUUGAACAAGUCAACCUCGACGUUGACUAG